AUGAGUUUAAAUGAAGAUAAAGAAUCCAAAUGUGUUAGCGAUUCUUCAAAUCAUGAUUUACCUGGUGUUAAUGAUAAUAUUUCCAUUAAAAAUGAUUUAGAUUCUAUUAAUAAAUCGGAUAACUCUGAAUUUAAAGAAGAUAUUGAAUCGGGAUCUAACAUUUUAAACUAUUUUGGCUAUUUUGAAUGGAUUAAGGAAUAUUUUGACUUAUCUACUUCUGACUACCUUGAAAGAUGUUUGGCUGCUCUUUACCCAUAUAUGUGUAUAAAGAUAACACCAAGAACUUUGUUUAAUAGUUUAAAGGAUAAGAAUAGGUCAAUAAGUAUUGACAUAGAGAAGUUUCCAGUAUUUUCGAAUUCGUCAUCUGAUGAUCAAAUUCAUGUUGAUUUACACAAUGAAGAUGAAAUUGAGUUAGAUUUGUCAAAAGCUGGACAGAGUAGAAAGAACUCCAACUCUAUUAUGGAUGGGAUCAAAUUGGAAUAUCAGUCCAAGUUAUACAAAACUCUAUGCUCAAUGACACAGUACCCUGACCUUUACGGGCCAUUUUGGAUUAAUAUCAUGGCCUCAUCGUCAUUGUUCUUUUCCACUUGUUUUAGUGAAAGAUUGGCUUCAGUUAAAACUUUGUUGCCGCUCGUGCCCUUGUUUGAACUUAUUUUCCUUUCCAUUAGUUGCACCCUUUUGAUGGCAACAUCAAUUUUUUUGUGUAAUUACUACUUUGUUAGGAAAAUAAAUUUUAAGGAUUUUAUCAGUUUCAUUUCAGUUUGCGGUUACACACAGAUUCCGCUAGCUCUUCUAUGCAAAUUGUGUAUUUUAAUUAGUUUGUUAAUGUUUUUUCAUCCCCUUCAUUUCAUACUCCUAUCACUUAAGGUUUUCACGUAUUUUUACUUGUUUUUUUCCACAUCUAUCACUCUUUACAUUUCCCUUGCGUCUCUAGAUAACCCUAAAAACACAUUUAAAUACAAAACUUCGUCUGUUUUAUCUUCAUAUCUUGUUCAAAGCUUGUUUCUUACGCUGAUACAAAAGUAUAUUCACUAA